CUUCUCAUCACAAAUAUUCGACGCUCCCCACCUGUGUGGCGCUUCCUCACGGCUCUACCCCGUUUACCUCAACAAAACUACACCAGUUUCUAUUACUUUUUCAUAAAGCAACACUUAAUAACUGUCGAAACUAAACAGUUAACAGGAUGCCUAGAGGAGGUAGUACUGCUGGACGUGGCAAAAAAAGCCAUAAAGGUCAAAGGCGGAUGUUCACAAAUGAAGAAGAACUUGCUCAACAACACGAAGAAGAAAAGAAAAAGGCCUGGAGAAAGCAAAAAGGUUUGGAUUGUGAAGAAGGAAACAAAAGUGGUAGCUCAUCUUCGGAGGAGAGUGACAGUGGAGAGGAGAGUAAAUCCAAAGGAGUUGGGCACCUUAUAGAUAUUGAUAACCCCAACCGGGUUGUUAGCAAAACUAAAAAAGCUACCACUGUUAGUGUGGAAGCGAAUCCCGCUCAAGGUCUUUCAAGAAGGGAGAGGGAAGAAAUUGAAAAACAACAAGCUCGAAUUAGGUACCAGCAACUCCAUGUCAUGGGCAAAACAGAAGAAGCCAGAGCAGAUCUUGCUCGUUUAGCACUUAUAAAGAAACAAAGAGAAGAGUCUGCUAAGAGACGUGAAGAUGACAAAAAAGCCAAAGAUAAUGCCAAAUCUACGGCAAAUAAACUGAAAGGGAAGUCUUGAUGUUAGGCGGUUUGAGUUAAAGAGCAUCCUGUGACUAUUAGCAAUGUGAUUUUCACAUUUUUACUAAGUUAUCAGUGAUAACUUCGUAACCAUGAUUACCACUUAAAAGUAAUGUUAACUGUUAUUACUAUUAUUUUUAUUCUUAAAAUAUGUUACUGAGGUUCUGAAAACUGGCUUUUACCACUCCUUAUAUACUAUAACUAUAUCUUGCAUUUUUAUCCUUCUUUAAUUUUUUCCUAGUUGAAGAAAUCUAAACUAAAUGUACACCGCUAGCAGUUAUUGGUUAGCAGAAUGCAUUUAUAUAAGAUAUACUUCUGCUUGAAAUUAACUCAAUGAGUAAAAAAAAAAAAAACUUUAGAAAAUAUGCAAAUGAUAUAAAUUGCAAUGAA